AUGGAACAGUGUAGCCCUCUAGACAAAACAGCUUAUCCACUUCUGCUGUAUGACAACAGCCCUGCUAUAAGUCUAACAUUCAUUUUGAAGUAAGAUGUCAGUCUUGCAAAUAUUUGCUGUUUCUCUGACUUUCUUUAUGUGGCUCCUCUACAUGACAGGGAAACAGAGAUGUGUGUCCUUUCUCCCCCUCUAGUGUUGUAUUUCUAGGUAAUUUCCAUGGUUUCCCUUCAUACAGUGGCCAUUAUUUUUAAACAAGAUCUCACUCUUCACCAAUAAUCACGACACAGCACUUUCUGAAAUAGUCUGAAUUGACCUUAUACUUUAAAAUAGCAAACUGCUGCGAUCAUGGUAUCUGUUAACAAUAGCAGACAGAGUGCGUACAUUGCUGUGUGAGCACUUGAUAGUGUAAAUGCCUGCAGAAAAUACAUAAAGUCAAAAGGGGGGAAUCAAAGUAGAAAAUAGAAAUAGCCAGUGUUGAGCCUAUGUGCAUUUAAAACACCUCAAAUAUUAACAGUUGCAUAGGUAUUAAAGAUCCUUAAGCCAUAUAGUCCAAAGUAGUCCUGCUGCAAGUAGAAGGACUUUAUACUAUGUGAUUCAAGAAGACAGGGGCUUACAUCUCAAGCCUUUGGUGGGCAUUCCCAGAAAAUGAAAUGCAGGUCAUACCACUGUUUUUCCUGUGAGUGUAUAUGCACUGGAGAAGUUCUGAAUCUGGUCAAAGAAAGAGAAAGCUUACAUUUCUAGAAAUGCUUGGAAAAGCCUUCAGGAGCUGCAAAAGCAGUCAUUACAUUUUUGCGGGUGGGGGUGGGGGGAAUUACUUGGGACUCAGUAGCGUAGCAGUGAAUCCCAAAGAGCAAGCAUUCUUCACAACACCCCUCCCCCUCAAAAAAAGUAGGUAGUGACGCUACAUCUCUGGUCCCCUGCACCACAGCUGGCACGGCUUUCCUGAUUACAUAAACAACACAUAUCUUAGAUUCUCUUAGCAGCAUUUCAUUUUAUUUUUAAGGUGCUUCAGGAGUAGAAUGUAGACAACAAGAAAUUUGACUUGGGUAAAAGGCUGUCCAUAGAACUUCCAAUUCUUAAUAGAAUACAAAAUCAUUUUAAUAAAGAGUAAGACAACUUUGCUUCUCAUAGAAUCAUAGAGUUGGAAGAGACCACAAGGGCCAUCGAGUCCAACCCCCUGCCAAGCAGGAAACACCAUCAGAGCACUCCUGACAUAUGGUUGUCAAGCCUCUGCUUAAAGACCUCCAAAGAAGGAGACUCCACCACACUCCUUGGCAGCAAAUUCCACUGUCGAACAGCUCUUACUGUCAGGAAGUUCUUCCUAAUGUUUAGGUGGAAUCUUCUUUCUUGUAGUUUGGAUCCAUUGCUCCGUGUCCUCUUCUCUGGAGCAGCAGAAAACAACCUUUCUCCCUCCUCUAUGCUUCUAAGUGUUUAUCUUGGCAGUGAGACCUGGAAUUGCUGCUCCCUGCCUGGCAGACCUCAUGGCCAGGCCAGGACCGCACAGAGUUGCUUCUCUGGGACCAGAAGAGGCUGGGGGGGGGGGUGAAGGCAAACACACACUCCUGAACCCCUCCCCCGCGGGGGUGGACAAGGUUAGCAUGCACAACACACUGCCUUAUUGUAGUCCAUAGACCCAAAAUACACAGUACAACAAUUGUAAAUAUCAACACUUAUUAAGCUGCAAGAUCGGCCUUGCUGGCCAACAGAGGAGCUUUAACCUGUAUAUAUUGAUUUCUGAUUUUUACUGCCUCUGAGAGGAAUUUUGCUACAGCCAGUGUAAUAGUAUGAAACUUAUCCUCAAGGAGAACCUUGACAUAAAAAGAGUCAGCAAUUCCAGGUUGUUCUGUUAGUAUUGGAUUUAUUAGAUGCUGUCUAAACUGUUUAUACAGAUUACAGUAUGGUUUCCAGUUUUUUUCAAUGAAUCUGGGGACACUUUUUAAAAAAUAAUAAUCAUGCUUUAUUAUCCAUAAUUAAAGGAGGCACAAAGGGUUCACAAUCCACAUUAAGCUGAGCUAUGGACAGGCCCAUAGAAGUUUUGCCCUGGUGUAGUAUUAUAUUCCUGUCAUUUAGAAACACCGCUUCCAUCCGGGAGCAAAAGUAGACUUUAUUUCACCUGGGUCACAGACCCAGUUUGGCACACACAUUUGUGUACAUACACACAUAGGCAGGGGGCCUGAAUGGCACAACCCCCCCCCCCCCCGUUGGAGGCUUCAUCUGGGGCAAAAAAACCAGCUAGCCCCUCUCCCCCAGUAGUUAAUGCACUGCUUCCACCAACACAACAAUUUCAGCUUGAGUUGGCUUUUGUAGACCUGCUGGAUAGCUGUGAAAUGGAAAUUCUGCUGAUUUGACACAUAAAAGUAUACUAUUCUUUUAUUGCUAAAAUUCAUAAUUGCUGCCUCCCCACAGAUAGUGCACUGACAUCCAUCCACAUAAGUUGCUAGCAGAGCCCCGAGCUCCUUCCCAAGAGGCCCUCUCAUUGGUAUUCUGCGUUUUCUCAGAAUACACAGUUAUACACACAUAUAUACACAGAAUACUCAGUUACACACACACAUAUAUUUUCCCAGUCACACUCAGCUCAUGACAGAAGAAUCACAGAAUUCUAGAGUUGGAAGGGAUCCCCGAGGGUCAUCUAGUCCAACCCCCUGCAAUGCAGGAAUCUCAAUCCAAGGUCUCCCAUCCAAUUUGAAACCAUACCGGACCCUGCUUAGCUUUGCAAACGUGCCAGCAGUUUUAUUGCUGCGCGCAUUCUUACCCAUGAUGCCCUCCCUAAUUCAGGGUUCUGCUCCAGCUCUGCAGAGCUGUCCCCUUCUCAACCCACUGCUACUUCCUGAACAAUGGAGGAUAAGGUGCCCUUGCUCUAACCACAAGGCCACAUGUCCUCUGCAUACGGUCAAAUUCUUAAGGUAGGCGAUAACAAAAAACCCUGUAGGUAUUAGAUUCCUGAUACAGAUGGGCCACAGAUCACAUGUGAGCGAGAUCGUAAAUCACUAAAGGCAAUAUCCCAUACCCUCUGCUUCACAGUUUUGAGGGCAGUAUCAUACCCUAGGUGGGUAAGAAAAGGUGAUGAAAGACCUGUCGAAGAGGCCUUAAGUUUUUGACCAGGUCGAAGAGGCCAUGGUUUUUGACCAGGAGCUGAUGUACUCCUCAUUUAUCAAAUGAAGAGACCGUUCUCAAGGCCAUACACACAGAUUCUUAGCCAGUAUUUCAAAGCACUUCACCAGGCCUUAAUUGAAAGUGGGCAUUCAUCAGUUUCCAACGGAAGUAUUGAAUUUGGUACCUGAAGUAAGGACCUCAAUGUUAUGUACUGAAGUUCUCACCCUGGGCCAGCAGGGGGAUACUGUAGAUAGUUCAGGUCCACAUAUGCAAAUAAGGGAUCAAAAGUGACGUUCAGUGAUUGGAUAGUUACAGAAAAUGGUUACUGUUGCGUUCUAGUGGAGCUCUAUAUAAGCAGGCUGGCUGAGCCCUUCAGUUCAGUUUUGUUCUGGCCUGUGAAUAAACAAGAGCUGUUUGAAGAAUCGCUGUGUCGUCUGAUAUGUUCACCCACAACUUAACACUCAAACACUUUGAUUGAAAUGUAUCAACCUUUGGAAAAGAGCCCUUGUAGCAAACAUCUUGGUUCGGACGCAGCAGCGCCACUGCAGACUCCAUGUCGAGAUGCCUCGGAAGCUCCACAGAAGCGACUGACUUCCUAAUAAUCUGGAUAAUUUGGAUCAACUGGCUUAAAGUCAAAGGUGCCCUCUCUGCAAUGGUGCAAAGAAGCUGCAAGGUAGAAAUGCUGUUUGAUUUAGGAGGAUGAAGAAUGUUGGUCCUGCUGCAGAGGGGUAGGAAAGAAGGAGGGAGGGAGGACAAUGUUCAUUGCUUGUAAAGUUAUUUAAGGUUUCUCUACCUCCCCAUCCCCCACACCGUGUGAUGGAAUAAAAAGUAUUAGAACCAAAUGAGGAGUGUUGGGAUAUAAAUUGGACUUUGUCAUGUUAAAUUGAAGCAUUAUAUAGGGAAAGAAUAACUUGGAAAAACAAAAGUAAAAUGGUUCUGUUAUAGGAACAGGACUGUGUGAAAAAUAAGGAACUGUUUUGUCUGGCUAAGAGCAGAAGAUGGUUUCAAAAUAAAAGCUGACUUGAACCUGUGAUUUGACUCUAUGAGAGAGCUAAGGGAAUCCGGGAAAUAUUUUAUAUUGAAAUAAGACUUGUCAGAAGCAGGGGCAUAGCUAGAUGCUCCGGCACCCGGAGCGGCGGGGGCAGGUAAAUCUGCCCAUGGGGGCGCUUUGCACAUGGCGAUCUGCACAUGGAGUCCACCUGGCAGACGGAAGCCCCACGGUGCCGUUUUGGGCAGCACAGGGCCCCGAGCCACCGCAUCACUCCCAGGAGAGACGCGUGGCUCAAGCGCACUGCAGGCCAGGCCCCGUGGUAAGUGCCGCCCCCGCGGUGUGCCAUUUUGUCACCACCUCAGAGAUGACACCCGGGGCAAAUUGCACUCCCGCACCCCCCUUCCUACGCCCCUGGUCAGAAGCAGGGCUUUUUACAGGGGAACUCACAGGAACUCAGUUCCAGCACCUCUCAGGUGGGAGCCAUUGCCAUUCACAAAGAAUGAGGGAAGCGUUCAUGGUUCAUUUUUUCUAGAAAAAUAGCACUGGUCAGAAGUGACUGCUCCCAGAAACCUGAAGCGCUUUGCAUUGAGACAACAAGCAUAACAAUGCACAGUCCAAAUACGGACGAGAAAGUGCAGGAAGGACUAUGCUUUAAGAAUGGACAAUAAGUCGCACCAUCUGCGGGGGGCCUGGCAGCUGGGCCCCCCUGAAAAAAUUUCAAUGAAGGGGCUAUGCACAUACACCGUUGAGGAUGUGCUCGUGUCAUGCAUGCAAGCCAUGGGACAUCUGGAUGACACGUCAGCAUGUUGCGGGGAGUGCAUGCAGGGCAUGCUGAAGUCACGCAGGCCCAGCCCCCUCCAUCGAUGUCACUAGUUGGGAACCUCUUGUCCAUGGGCCUAAUUAGGCUCCACUGGCCGCCUCGUUUGGCCCAUGAGGCCGUUUCAGGCAAGCUACGCCUGCCUGCUGUCACUGGCGGAGGAAGAGGAGUGCGGGGGGAGUGCGCUGCCCCGGCAGAGUGAUCCCGGCAGGGUGCCAUCGCGGCUUGUAAAUCCGGCCCGCCAGCCAAAACGCCACGCUGGGUUUACCUCAGCGCACGAGGACUGACUGAGCGGGCAGCGAGGCUUCCAUGGCUUCUGGUGCUUUUGUGUUUCCUCACUGGCAGCAGGGGGGGCGGGGGAUGUUGACGUCGCCAACUUUGGGGCAGGGGGAAAGGGCGCCCUCCCUCCCCUCCACCUGAGGUGAAUUUCAGGGAAGAGUGAGCCUGGCAGAGGCGGUGAGGGUGGGGACAGGGCCCUUGCGUUGUAUAUUGAUUUCUAUCCCCCUGUUCCCCUGACAGAGACUCGAGGCGGCUUACAGAGGGAAUGGGAAACAGCCAAAACGUGGGGGGGGGGGGGGCGGUGGUUAAAAAGCAAGUGACAACAUGGACAGAGCCGUGUUUCUGAUAGGCCUGGGGGAAAGGAAGCUGAGGCGGGGGGGGGGGGGUCGGAAGGGGCUUGUUCCAGGCAGGGUCAGACUUGCAAGGGGCACCUGGUUGGGGAGGGAGAGUGUGCCCAAGGCUUCAUAGAAAGUGUGAGGCUGGGGGAGAUUUAUUUGAGGGGGUCCUGGGAGAGUCGGAGGCAGCAGGACUUCUGAAUGCCCAUCUCGUUAGCCAAAAGAAGGCCCACCGGCCCCAACGGUGUCUGAGGGACAGUGAACACAAUUGUGGGGAUGAAGAUGGAGUCAUGCGUCUUUUACUUCUCAUGACUUGUAACCUUUCUUGAUAUAUCUAGAAAGAAUAACAACUACAAGAACAAGAACAAUAAUUUAUUAUUUAUGCCCCGUCCAUCUGGCUGGGUUUCCCCAGCCAUUCGGGGUGGCUCCCAACACAAUUAAUAAUGAUGAUAAUGAUAGUAAUAAUAAUAAUAAUAGUAAUGUGAUAAAACAUCAAACAUUAAAAACUUCCCUAAACAGGGCUGCUUUCAGAUGUCUUCUAAAAGUCAAAGAGUUGUUUUAUUCCUUGACAUCUAAUGGGACGGCGUUCCAGAGUGUGGAAGUCCUCUACCUGGUUCCCUAUAACUUGGCUUCUCGCAUUGAGGGAACCGCCAGAAGGCCCUUGGUGCUGGACCUCAGUGUCCAGGCAGAACGAUGGGGGUGGAGACGCUCCUUCAGGUAUACCAGGCCAAGGCAGUUUAGGACUUUCAGGGUCAGCACCAACACUUUGAAUUGUGCUCGGAAAUGUACUGGGAGCCAAUGUAGGUCUUUCAGGACUGGUGUUAUUUGGUCUUGGUGGCCACUCCCAGUCACCAGUCUAGCUGCCACACUCUGCAUUAGAUGUGGUUUCCAGGUCACCUUCAAAGGUAGCCCCUCGUAAAGUUCAUUUCAUAGUCCAAGUGGGAGAUAACCAGGGCAUGCACCACUCUGAUGAGACAGUCUGCAGGCAGGUAGGGUCUCAGCCUGCAUACCAAAUGGGGCUGGUAGACACAGAAUUGACCUGAACCUCCAUGGACAGCUGUGAAUUCAAAAUGACUCCCAGGCUGUGCACCUUGUCCUCCACACCUGCCCACCCCCUGUCUCCCAAAAUAGUACUUAUGUCUUGUCAGGAUUCAACCUCAAUCUGUUAGCCACCAGCCAUCCUCCAACCACCUCCAGACACUCACACAGGACCUUCACUGCCCUCACUGGUUCUGAUUUAAAAGAGAGGUAGAGCUGGGUAUCAUCCGCAUACUGAUGAACACCUAGCCCAAACUCCCACGGAACCAAGGAAACUAAUUUGAGUCCAGCAUCCAGGAGGCACCCAGAGUUUUUUUUCUAUUGCAAUAGGACAGAGCUCAAUUCAACAUGCCCAGAGGCAAAUCGGAACAAUGUUUACCGUAUUUUUUGCUCCAUAGGACGCACCUAGUUUUUAGAGGAGGAAAACACGAAAAAAAUUAUUCUGAAUCAAAUGUUGUACUAAACUAUUUAAAGCAGCAAAGCGGGCGGCUCCUGUCCGCUUUGCUGCUUUAAAGCGAGCCUCAGAGGAGGGAAGGAAGGGGAACCAUGGCUUAUCUAAGUCCAGUUAAUAAUUCUGAGCCUGACUUUAUAUGCAACUCAAAGCCCUUGACAUAUAUACAUUAUAAUGACAAGCCGAGAUAGGCCUCCUGCAGAGGAGCAGGGGAGGGAGCCAUCAUAGCUCAAUGGGGAGAGCAUGGAGAAGAUCCCAAGUUCAGUCCUUGAAAGCUUCUCUGGGUAGGGCUGAGGGUGGGUCUCCUGAAACCCAGGUGAGCCUCUGCCCAUCAGUGAAGACAAAACUGAGCUCAGUGGGCUCAGGGGUCCUGACGUGGUACUCUGUUUCUGUUUAAAUUAGCUCUUUCUUCAGAACCAUGAGGACUACAAUCUUAGUUUGUUUUUAAAGGGAACAGCUGUAACUUCAGCGGCUUUGCAUGCAGAACACCACAUGUUCAAUCCCCGGCUUCUCCAGGCCUGAAACUCUGGCAAACUGCUGCCAGUCAGUGUUGCCAUUACUAAGCUAGAUGGAGUAGUGGGUCCGACUCCUUAUAAGGCAGCUUCCUAGGUUCCCAUUUAUGCUACAGACCUGGGUGUGAGGCUUGCUGUCAUGUUUAGUGUGGCGAGGGUGGUUCUUUGCACAUCUGGAAAAUGACUGUGUCACCUCCCACCACCCUCUUGAAGGUGCUUUUUACAGCUCAGGGAAAAGGGCAGGCAGCCACAGCAUCUGUAGACUGUAGCAUCCUGAAUUAAGGGAGGGAGGGAUUCCCGUUGCAGCCAAAGGGUGGUUUGAGGCCACCACGUAGAGCUGAUCUUAAGGUUGAAACUAAGACUUGCUCUUCAACCAUGCUGCUCCUCCAGCUGCCAAUGCCAUCCAUGUGUGAAUAUCAAGCGUUGGUUGUGUCCAGGAACCUGGGAGGAUUUAUUUCACGUGUGUGCAUGUUUUUGUCUUUAAAUAAACAGCCCAUGCAAGUUUCCAGCUCUUAUGGCCAUCAAGAUUAGCCUGGCCGUCUCAGAGGAAAUCUGGGGAGCCUGAGGUGGACUUUCAGUGUCAAAGUGUGGUUGUGUCUUCCUGCCCGGCAUCUAUUUCCUGCCUUCUUUCCCCACUGCACCCCCACACCCUGCUUCAAAGCAACCACGGAGGAGGGAAGGAAGGGGACCCAUGGAUCCUCCGCUCACGACUGCAGUGGAUUCCCUCCUCCGUGGUUGCUUUGAAGCAGGAAAGUGGGAGAGGAGCUGCUUACAUGAAACCUUGAGGGGAAAGGGCAGGCUGGUGCAGAGCAGCCCCUCCACCCCCAUUCAGCAGCCCAGGAGCGCGGGGCAUGGGCACACAGCCUGCCCGCUGCUCCAAAGCUUCCCGGGGCUGCAGGGGGAAGCGGAGGCUGCCGGCAGAGCAGCGCGGUUCCCCCACCACCACCAAAGAGCAGCCCAGGAGCCUGCCACACUCCGGCAAUUUGGCUCCAGGGACCACACAUUCACUCCAUAAAACGCACAGACAUUUCCCCUUACUUUUAAGAGGAAAAUAGUGCGUCUUAUGGAGCGAAAAAUACGGUAUAUAGUAGUUCAAACACUGCAAACAAAGAGUCAUAAAGCAUCAAAUCAUUCCUAGAAAUCUUUCUAAACAUCUCUGUUACCUCCGAGGAUGGCGACAGGCUGCUUGGGCGAGUGAAAUCGAUCACCCAUCUCCUUGAUCCUUGCCCAUCCUGGCUCAUAAAAGCGAGACAGGAAGGACUGGGCGAUGGGCUCUGCGGGUGGUGAAUGCUUCUCUCUGUGAGGGAGCCUUCCCAGACCUACUGAAAGAGGCGGUUAUUAAACCGCUUCUUAAAAAAAAAUCUUUGGACCCGGCCAAUAUGGCCAACUAUUGCCCAGUCUCAAAUCUUCCAUUCCUGGGCAAGGUGAUUGAGCGGAUGGUUGCAGAACAACUCCAGGCACGCCUGGAGGAUGCAGACUGUUUGGAUCCCUUCCAGUUGGGAUUCAGGCCUCAUCAUGGGACUGAAACUGCCAAGCACCAUUGUGCCACUUGAAAUCAAAGAGGCACUCAAAUAAAAUGAGAGUUGCACAGAGCAUACCUAAUUCUUACAUCCAUACUGGGGUUUAAAUUAAUUUUUGCAAAAAGAAAAAAAAAAAUCAAAUUACCGCAUUUUUCGCUCCAUAAGACGUACUUUUUCCCUCCUAAAAAAUAAGGGGAAAUGUGUGUGCGUCUUAUGGAGCGAAUGCAGGGGGGAGGCAGGCAGGAAAAGCCCCCAAGAGCCGCACACAAGCUCCGCGUGGCUCUUGCAGACUUUCCCCCAGGAGGGAGAAGGGACUGACGCGGCCAGUCAGUCCCUUCUCCCUCCUCGUAGAAAAGCACGCAGGAAAAGCUCCUUAAAGGGUGAACGGCUCCUGUGGGCUUUUGCGGGAGGUGGGGGUAUUGCCGUAGCCACAUGCAGCCCCUCCGGUCGGGAGAGGCUGCGUUCAGCUAUGGCUUCUUUAGCUGUGCGCAGCCUCUCCCAGCUGGAGAGGUUGCGUGUGGCUAACGAGGAAGCCAAGACAGCGAGUGGGAUCCAUCCUGCUCGCUGUCUUGGCUUCUUUGCCCUUUGGGGCGGCAGGGGGGACCCGGAUUUCCCCCGGUAGCCCCAGAAGCUCUGUCCGCUGCUCUUUGAGGCUGGGGGGGGGGGAGUAAGAUUUUUUUCCUUGAAUUCGCCCUCUAAAAACUAGGUGCGCCUUAUGGUCUGGUGCACCUUAUGGAGCGAAAAAUACAGUAGUUCAAUUUGAAAUCAUAUAUUUGACAUGCAGAUUUUCUAGCCAGAGAUUUAAAUAAAGGUGACAGUUUUAAUGCUUUAGCCUUUUGGUAGCAUUUCUUGAUUGUUUCAGAUUAUUAACUUACGAGAUUCCAUUCUCAGUACCUAUCUGUCAAUUUACACACAUGGUAUCAAAUGCUAAAUGCCAUUGCUCUCUCACAGAAAACCUAAUGUGACCCCAUCUGCAUUUCCUCCUUCUAAACCCACCUCAAAACUCACCUUUUCUGUGAACCCUUUGAUCCUUAACUCUUUAAUCCGCAAUCAAAUAGAGAAUGAAACUUAAAGACAUGUCAUUCAAUUUGCUUAUGUUCAUCUCCUCUUUAUGCCUUAUUUCCCCAUUCUAUACCUUCCUCAUUUCUGUGUUAACCUUGACUCCUUUUCUCACCUCAGCUUAAACUGUAAGCUCUUUGGUGCAGAGCGCAAUCAAUAAGGUACCACAAACAAAAAAUGUUUUGCAAAUAAAUACUGGUUCCCAUCUGGCCAGUUUUUGGAGUAUGGGGAGAAUGGCUAAUUUCCUUUCCACAGCAGCACUUCACACCCUUAUUAGGUGCUGCGCUAGAGGACUCAUAUGCGCCAACUCUAUGGGGCUGAGGACAGCUUAGCCCCUGCCCAAGGUAUGCUGGGAUGGGGCUGAGCACCCCCAAUCUUGAGGAGUAGGGCCCCGCUGGGCCUACCUGCAGUGGCAGAGGGCCUUGUCCUGAUGUGCAUGACAUCACAUGUGUGUGUAGCACAUGUGAUGUCACAUGCAUGCACUGAGCCCCCCCCCCCCAUGUCAGGUGGAACUCAGCACUUCUGGGAGGGCUGCUGACAUUUGUAAGGAGAAUUUUUCUAGAGCACUGGAGGCUGUCUCCAAUGCCUUGGAUCCUUCCAGUAGUAACAUAAAAAUAAAGGAAGGGCCCAUGGCUGCAUUGUUUCCUAUUUCCCCUCCAUUUUAAAAAUCUAAUUGCAGCACCUCCUGGCCACAUCCUGUUAGCUGGGACCAAUGCAGUGACCCCCCCCCACAUCAACAUCUUCAAUUUCUUUCAUAUUUAGAUUAGAAGACUUAAGGAAUUGCAAAGACAUCAUAGUCCAGGAGGAAGCAGACUUGAAAAACCAAAAUUCAUUUUCCUCCUCCCAGCUAGACCUAGCUGUGAAAGAACUUGAAGAGCUGAAGAACAGUAUCCUGGUGGUUCAAAGAAAGUAAGAAACUAACUCUGUUUGUGGGCCAAAAUGUAUUAAUAUCCUAGUGUUGCUGGUUUGGGACCUUUCACACACUUGCCUAGUGGUAACAGCUGGUACUCUAUUUCAGAAAAUGUGUGGAGCCAAUUGCUUGGGUCUUCUGCAUGAAACCACUAGGCCUCUAGGCAAAAUUCUGCCCACGUCUUUGGAGUCUUCCAUCUGUGCAUGGAACUGCACCAAAGGUGAGUUGCUGGUAUGCUCCUGGGUAAGUGUGGAACAUUCCCAGGUCAAAUCUCACCAUACUCAGGUAGUCUGGAUGGCAUCUGAGAUAAUUCAAUUUUAGAUGGAAGUGCUACACAUAGCUGUCAACUUACAGAUUUGAAAAUAAGGGACCAGCAGCCUCGAAAAUAAGGGAUCAGCAGCCAAAAUAAGGGAUUUUGAUUAGCUUAUACAGAAAUCCGGCACUCAUGGAGCCAUGCUGCUUUGGCUGCGACUGACUGUGUUUUGCAGGGGGUUGGACUAGAUGAUCCUAAGGGUCUACAACUCCGACCAAAGAAGAGGGGCAGACAAAACUGAUGAACGACGUCGAGAUGGCAAAGCUUACAGGCAGAAUUAGAAACCAGGAAGAGGACGUAGAAUCAUAGAAUCAUAGAGUUGGAAGAGACCACAAGGGCCAUCGAGUCCAACCCCCUGCCUCUUUAAUAAAGAAUGGGGAAGGUUUAUAAUUUAUUUGAAAAGCUAUUGUAAAGAGUUACAUGCAUUGGUGGGAUUGACAGAAAACUUGUAGUAAAAAUUUGAACUAUGGAUGGACAAAGGAUUUAUAAAAAUAGAGUUAUGAAAGGGAUGCAGAGGGGGAAAUCACUACAUUAAGAUGCUGCACUGGUUGGAGGGGAUGCUAAGCAGCACGUCGGGGCUGCCGUCCUGGCGCGAGGAGUUCCAUCGGCCCUUCCCCGCCUGAGAGAGAGGGAUGGAGGGAGGGAGAGAGACUCUCGCCCACGCUGCCCGCAAGCCCGGCAUGAGGCGGUUGCGGCGCCACGGCGGCCGCUGAAGUGCCUCCCUUCUGCGUCCCUCCCCCUCCCCUCCUCUUCCUACUCCCUCAGGCUGCCUCCCCAGCUGCUGCCGCCGCUGCUGCUGCCGCCUCUGGCUUCCCCUGGCAGCACGGCAGAAGUUUCGCAAGAGAGGGGCUGCCUGCCCGCCCACCGCCAUCUGUCUCCUCACGACGCACCCCUGAGAGGGAAAAAGGAGAGACGGAGACGCGGCAGCUCAUGCGCGCUCUCUCUCGAGGCGGAGGACCCCGAGACACUGCUUCCCUCCCGAGCUAGGAGAGCAUGAAACCCGGGAAAUUUAAGGGGCAUCAUCAAUCCAGGACAGCAGCGGGAAACGGCGCUGGGAUAAGGGAGUUUCCCGCCAAAUAAGGGACGGUUGACAGCUAUGGUGCUACAUUCUCUUCUGGUUCCGUCUUCUUAGAUGCGCCAUGUCCCAUUGAGUUUGAUACCACUUCAGUUAAUUAAUAUUUACCAAAACAGGAGGGGAAUUUUUUUAGAAAAAUAUAUUCAUUCUGAAGAUCACAAUAAAAGGAGAGACCAAGGAUGGUAGAGCCAAGGCCAAUAAAACCCACUGUGCCAGGCCAGCUCUUGCUGCCAACGCUGAUGGGCAUGCGCAGGGUUCACAGAGCCCGCGUGCCAGCUCAGCCCUGGCCACCGGGGCCAAGCAGGGCUGUGCUGCAUCCCUGCCCACCUGUGCAGGUAGGAGCCUGUUGGACUGACACGGCCCUUGGCAGUGGGCAAGGCAGGGCAGGGAUCCCCCCACUAUGGCCCUGAGUAGAGCCCGGGCUUUAUAUGCAACAAUUCCUGUGUAAAAACCUGCAGAGCAACCUUAGAGUUGCCAUAAGUCCAGAAUUUCCCGGACACAGAUGGUAUUUGGCUCUUGUAAACAGCGUCCAGGUGAGAAUCACUUAAAUGUCCGGGGAAAUCCGAGCAUAUGGCAACCCAUGUUGAAGUGUUGAUUUUGGCUCAAAAACUCUUUUGUCUCUGGAUUUUCACUUUUUGAAAUAUGGCAGCCCUAAGCAAUGGGGACUGGUAGUCUGACAGUUUCCUAUGUUAUUGCCACCAAAUUUUCAGAACACGUGGGAUUACCCUUCAUAUUACACCUGAUCGUUCCCAUAUCUCUGGUCAGCUUGCUGAUUUUACACAAUGGUCAGGUUCAAAUGUUCAGCUUUGCUUUAGCAUUACAGGAACAAUCCAGCAUCAGCCUUGAGUUCUUCUCUCCCCUCAAUCCCUUUUACUUGUACAAAGGAGUAGAUUCAAAUCUUCCGCUUUCAUUUUAGUGCAAACCACAGUUACCCCUGGCAUCUGAAUGCAGCAAGGGGUUUGCUGUUAACAGACUUUUAAGUAGGUCUCUGUCCUAGGCAUGCAGGCCAACAGCACAAAUCUCUCUAUCUCACUGUCCUGUGUUGAAAGAGGGAUUAUGAAGUAUUAAUUUUUUUAAAAAGCAGUAACAACAAACAUUUUAAAAUAUUCUGCUUUUGCAGUGUAUCCUUGAAUGUAUCUAAGAAUGAGCCUGAAUUUUAACCCCCUUGACCAGCCCCACUGAAAACUACCCAUACCACUUUGUUUUCUUUAUUUGAGGUCUAACUAAGCUCAGAAGCAUAGAAAGGCAGCUUUGUGAAGGGAUUUUAGUGUUGGCGGUUUUUUUUGCACCUGUUCGUAUUCUUAAGCUAAAUGCGUGCGCAUGCACACACACACACACACAGAGCGAAACAUAAACCAUGUUAAUUUAAAAUUACAGGGGAGUUUUUUGUGGGUGUGACAAAUUCAGCUUAUCUUCUUGCUGACAGUUGAAUGGUCUGGUUCUGCCACUGGCAGGCAAAGCUGGGACCUUUUUACAGUUACAAUGAACUAUUGAGCAGUCUUAUGGAUUCUUCUUGAGUAUAUUUAAGUUUCUUUAGCAGCUGUUCCUCCAGUUCAGUGUGUACUAUGGCCUGUUUGUUUGGGUUGAUAUGAAAUUUUGAAUGACAUGAAAGGGCGAAAAAUGAUCUGAUUUUCUAUCUACAGUUGUAGAUUGCUAUAAUGCUACAUUUUAAAUGCUCUUUUGAUUUUUGCUCUUCCAUGUAGUUUUUAAUGAUUAAAAUAUUGACACAAUAGCACUAAAUAGACAAAAGAUUUCUCAUGCAAAUUUUAAACAAAUGAUUCAAAACCAAACAGACAUAUAUGGCCUUUUCAGCAUCUUUUUAUCAGGUUUAUUUUUGCUUCUUCUAACAUUUUAAUUUUAUUUUUCUUCUAGUUUUUAACAUCACUGACAUAAUUGUGCAGUAGUGCCUAGAUAAAAUAAUUGCUAUAGCACAAACAUUCAAAACUUUUUUUAAAAAAAGAUUUAUAAUAGCCAGGAACAUGGUGACAUAUAAUUUGUGGAUGUUAUAAUAUUUUGUGAAUGCACUCUAAACAAACUAAAUUGGUUGCUAUAAGGUAAAGGUAAAUGUUAAGGACCCCUUGAUGGUCGAGUCCAGUUGAAUUUGACUUUGUUUUUUUUUGUUUUUUAAUAAUCUUUAUUGCUUUUAAAACUUACAAGAAAAGAAAAAGGAAGAAAAUAGGCGAAAGAAAAAGACAAAAUAGAACAGAGAAGAAAAAAAGGAGAGAGAAAAGAAAAAACAAUACAAUAAACAAUACAAAACACAACCUUAACACAUUAACCUAAACAAAACAAAAGAACAACAAUUUAAAAACAUAUACCAUACCAUUUCAUUACUCUAUCUUUCAUUCCCUUAUUUCAUCGACCUCCUCUCACCUCCCUUUUUGUAUUCCACUUCUAUUACUUGUUUCAGCAAUUCCUUUCCAUCUUUCUCUAUUUUUAUCAUUAUGAAUAUCUUAACAUAUUUUGUACCUUAUUUUCCAUUAAUACUGAAAUACUUAUUUAUACCUAACUCCUUAUAACAUUUCUGCUAAAGCCAUAAAAUUUCAUUCCAACAAUUUUCUAACACUCAUUAAAUUUACAAUAUUUCUAUAUAUAAACUUUAAACUUUCCCAAUCUUCUACCACCAUCUCUUCUCCCUGGUCUCGGAUUCUGCCAGUCAUUUCCGUCCAUUACACAUAGUUCAUCAACCUGGAGAUCUUCUGUCCGAGGCUCUUAAAUCUUUUCCAAGUCCCUUCUGCAGUUUUUCUUCAUAUUCUUUGAUACUGAGGGUGCUGAAGCGCAGGUCUUGGGGGGGCCCCGAUCCAACCAUGCCCCCAUUCCCUCUCGACAGACCAACCAACUCUCCACAGCUAAAACCAGUCUCCAUACAAUGUCUCAAAUCAUGUUUCAAGGCUCCUCCAGAUCCAAAGGCCCCCACAACUCCAAUCACCUCCUGACCCAGAUUCAGGACCCAAAGGUCAGUAAAUCUCUGCUUGAAAGAGUCUAUCCAACCUUCCUUCUUCAAUCCAAGCAGGGCUCCAAUCUUCAAAUUCUGACUUUUUCUAUAUUCAUUCAUAAAAGGCCUCCAAUUAUAGUCCUCAGUUUGCCUCUGUAAAGCUGGGGCUUCCACUUGUAUUAUUUUAGGUUUAACAACACCAACAUUCUCCUUCGUCUUCUCCCCAGUUUGUCCUGUCAAGGUAGGUUCCUGUGUCAAAUCCUGAACAAUUUCUGUAUUAAUGGUCACUUUUUGUUCCAAAUUAGUCACUUUUUGUCCCAAGUUCUCAUGUUUGGUAUUCAUAGCGUCCGUCUUUUUGUGGAGCUGUUCCAACGAAUAGCUUAUCUUACAUAAUACAGUCACUAAGGCUCCUUCUGUCAACAUUCUUAAAGUCCAAGGUCAAUCUCUAUUUCACACAGUUCUUAUCUUACGACUGGAAAAACCCCAGCUCCAGCUUCUUGUAACAAUUUCAAAAGCUCCCUCUAGAGGGAAACAGUCUCCACUUGUAUCAAUCCUUUCAAACACAAUUUAAACUAUAAAGUUAGUUUCUUUUCCUACUUUUUAAACGCAGAUGAGUACAAUGGAAACAAUAUAUUUCUCUUAUUGCUAGCUGUCAAAAAAGUCACUCUUUCUGGCAGCCCGUUUCCAGGUUCGGAGCAGUGGUAAUUUGGUUUUUCACUCUCUCCUGCAGGCUCACUAGGUCCAAAAUUUUCCCCCCUCUUCUCCUGCUUCCAAGGGGGGUUUAAUAGUUUUAACCGAUGGAGAUUUAAUCCUUUACAAAAAUAAACUUUCCAAGGCUUUAACUUGCAACUUCUUUGCUUCAAUCUGUUUACAAAAAAGGAAGGCGGACUUCCUGUUUAGAACCUUCCCGUUUCGAUGCCAAAUUAAUGAAUUUAAGGAUCUAAUUUUCCGUUCUACUCACGGGUAGUUGUUUAAAAUCCAGUUGUCCACAGGAAAAAGUCAGCGCUCUCCGGCAACAGCGAUGCGCUUCACUCCGUGAAAGAAGCAGUCAAUUCGAAGCACCACGCCCAGUUGAAUUUGACUUUGGGGUGUGGCACUCAUCUCGUUUCAGGCUGAGGGAGCCAGUGUUUGUCCACAAACAGCUUUUCCAGGUCAUGUAGCCAGUAUGACUAAACUGCUUCUGGUGCAUGGAGGACUAUGACAAGUGCCAGAGUGCACAGAAAUGCCAUUUACCUUCCAGUCGCAGUGGUACCUGCUUGCACUAGUUUGCUUUCAGAUGGCUAGGUUGGCAGGAUCUAAGAGAAAGCAACGAGGGCUCACUCCGUCGCGGGGAUUUGAACUGCCGACCUUGCAAUCGCAAGCCCAAGAGGCUCAGUGGCUUCAGACCACAGUGACACCCAUGUCCCUAUAUUGGUUGAUGAUUGAAAUGGUCCAGGGUUCUCCUCUUGGGGCUCUGAGAAUCCUGUCCUAGACCCAUAUAUAACUUUCUCAAAGUUCACCCCUAAGAAAACUAGCUACUGAUCAGGACUUUAAAUCUUAUAGAGGUGGGCCAAAAUAACCUAAAUGGAAAUUUGAUCAAAACUAGUGUGUGUCGUAAUUGGUUCAUCAAGAUGGUUGAGUUUGCAUGUUUUGAUUAAAUUCCUAACCAAGGGAUUGCAUGAUAAUUGUGCUCAUAUUGUACAGGAAUUGGGAUGCCUGGGUUGUUAAACAACAAGCAAACUGAAUGUCAUUGCAAAAACAUGAUAUAGAUAAUUGUAUGAUAUAGAUAAUUGGGUUUGCCUAUCUCUGUUGAAGUAUUUUCUAUUGCUUAGAAUCUUAGUGAAUUAAUUUUUAUGUGGCUUUAGCUAAAUCCAGGAAGCCUGAGAGUUUUUUUUUUUUUUUUGCCAUUUACUGACAGAAUGUUAUUCACAAAAGGCAUUUAAGUACAGUGGGGCAAAACUAUAUCAACUUCUCUGCAGUGAGACAGCUACAUUCGUAUGUUACUGCUUAAUUAACCAAAGUGUUUAUCCGUUUAACGCUGUUCAUGCCAGUUAAGUUCAGUGAUGCAAAUUAAUUCACUUUCUCUCUUUCUAAAUGUCUUUUUGUGUCUUCUUAUUUCUUCUCUUUCUUUCCCUCUUCCUGGGAAGGCUUCACUAGUUAAUCAUUUAAUGGCUGUUAUAGUUUCUCUUUUUUAAAAAACAACAACACAAUUUUAUUAUAGGUUUUUAUCCUAAUAUGCCAUAAAAUGCAAACUAAACUAAAGAGAAUUAAAAAAAAAAACCAAACAGAAAAAUACUAAAGAAAAAAGAAAGUAAAAUACAUUAAUAAUAAUCCUCAUGUGAUCCUCAUAAAACACAAAAUUAUAAAUAUAUCCAUGUAACACUCAGUCUCCAUUUUAUCUUAACCUUCACACAUUCAGAGAGUUGAAUCCUCCCACCUCCCACCUGGGAGAGCUUCCACUUCCCCAGUCUCCCACUCUGAGAAAAACCACUCUGACCCAGUGGCAUAACAUGGUCAGGUGGUACCCAGUGCGGAAAAUUUCUUGUCACCCCCCCACAUUGAAUCCCCCCCCCCCGCAAAAAUGGUUUGACUUUAUUUCAUAUUCUCUUACAAAGGAAUGUGGAUUCUGGGCCUCUGAUAACAAGUAGGCGACUGUGGACAGAUACUUAAAUUUAUAGGAUGGCUUGUGUUUUGGCUUGUGUUAUUUUAUUUAUAUUUGUUGUUUAUUUUUUUAAUAAAAUUUAUUUUAAAAAACAACCUACAAAGUGGUUUAUGGGGCCUCCUGCUGCCGCCGCGCCGCCGGAGCACAAUUUCUGUUCUCAUCCUGAAGCAAAGUUCUUAACCUGAAGCACUAUUUCUGGGUUAGCGGAGUCUGUAACCUGAAGCGUAUGUAACCUGAGGUACCACUGUAUUCUUCAAUUUUCUCUUUAUUUUCAGAGCCGGCUCCGUAUAGAUCUGUAUAAUAGCUUACAAAUUGCCUUCGUGUAUCUUUCUGAUUAUCUAUUACUUUCCCCUCUAUAUUUAAUUUAUUUAUUAAAUUUAUGCCCUGUUUUUUCUUUAACUGCCAUGCCAGUAAUUUACCUGGCUUAUUUGCAUAUUCAAAGUUUUUCUGUUUCAUCCUUUUUAUUUUCCACUCUAUUUCUUGAUUUAUUAUAAUUGAAUAUUGUGUUUGUGACAUCUUUAUUGUUUGUUUUAUUUACCCCUUCCCUGGUUUUUUAACCAAUUCAUUCUCUUUUUAAAUCAAUUCUUCCAAUACUUCUUUCUUUUCCCCUUCUCUAAUGUUUUUCUUAUAGGCAUUUUGUUAGAUAAAGAAUUCUCUCAUUACAGCUUUACUAGCAUCCCAGACCAUCUUUCAGUCUGUUUCUUGAUUUGAAUUUAGCUCAAAAUAAUUCCUCAGGACUUUGUCUGCUUUUCGUAAGAUGUUCUGGUUAUCUAUAAGUCCCUCAUUUAAUCUCCAUCUACAUGGGGUUCCCCCCUCCUUUUAAUUCAGGUAUUAUUGAAUGUGGUACGAAAGUGUUCUUGGUUGUAUCUCUACCUUUUUGGCCUGUAUCAAUCAUUCUCCCGAGAGCCAUACUGAAUCGAUUCUUCCACUGGACUGAUGUGCUUCUGAAAAAAAUGUGAAUUCCCUAUCCAGUGGGUGUUUAAAUCUCCAAAUAUCUAACAAAUCAAAGUUCUCCACAUUUUAAAAAAGGUUGCAGGUAAUCUGACUUCCUUUGUUUCUGUUUUUCUUAUUGUUCUAUCCAUCUCUAGGGAGACUAUCCCAUUUGUAUCUCCCAUUAACAUUAUAUUCUGGUCCAUAUAUUCCAACAUCUUUUAACAUUCAAAAAAAUCCGACUUUCUCUCAUUCGGUGCAUAUAUUCCAAUUAAGAUUAUUUUGUCACCUUGUGAUGUUAUUUGUACUGCAAUCAUUCUUCUCUUCAUUCUUAAAUAAUUGGUUUGGCUCCAGUUUGGGUUUUAUCUGAGGUUACAAAUUAUUUUAUUUAUCAAGACUCUUCCAUGCGUCUCUUGUAAGCAAAUUAUAUCUAGUGACCCACUAACAGAAGAAGUGGGGUAAUUUCUGCCAAUUCUCUCUCCACCCACACCACCCUCUUCUGUAUGAUUCCCCCAGUUCUGAGCUGAUUCUUGGCGGGGGGCGGGGGGUGUUGCAAGGUCAUCAAAUGGACUUCAUCUUUUGUUGUUGUUGAACAUCACAUAUAUAUUACAGUAAACAACGACAGUUACAAAUUGAGGGGUUCUGCAGGAUAAAGACCUCCUAGCUUCACUGAAAAAUAGCUUGGGAAUCUGGUAAAAUGAUCCCUGCUGUCCCCAAGUCAAUUAUUGUGCAGGGAAUAUCUGUGGCAAAGCAGAGAUAAGCAUGCAGUUACUGAUUUUUAGCUGGCCAGGACAGGGAGUUUGAGUGGCUGCACAGUACUCUGUGAUGGCUUUGAGGAUAAAGUGAAUAUGACCAACCUCAUCCAUCCCUUUAGGCCUCGAAACCUUUGGGAGGAGCUGCAUUAGCUGGGCUCAGGAAAAGGUCAUGGCUUGCUGCAUAUAUUCCAUAAGCCAAAUUCACUUACGGAUGAUCCUUUUAGUCAUGAAAAGGAGCUGCCCUUUUAAAGAAUGAUGUGGCAAAAAGAAAAUAAGAACAGGGCCUUGCCCCAAGGAGCUUGCAAUAUAAAUUCAUCAAAGGGAGAGGAAAGAGUGAUGAGCAGCAUACCGCAUUCCCUUAAACCCACAAUUAUACAAUAAGCAACUGUGAUGGUGGGACGUGCAUCCAUCUUCUGAAGACAAAAAGCUGGCUGUGUGCAUGACAACGGUGUGAUUUACUUCUGUAUCUCAAUAACAGAACCUUGAUUUCAUGGGUGUUUGGUCUUAUCGCAGCAUAAUAAUUACAUGAAUUAAAUGAAAAAUAUUUUCAUACUCUCUCAUUAUGUGACAGAAUAGAAGCUCUUCAUUGCAUGCAAGCUACUUUUGCAAGGGCCUGUGGCUCUCACCCCCAACUAGAAAGUAAUAUUUGUAGGUCUAGUUUACACACUUACUGAGAGAUUGAGUACUUGUUUUUUCUGCAUAGUCCACACACAGUCUAGAUCUAUUGCAUAUUUUUGGCCCUGAAAAGUGCUUAUCAUUCAAAAAAAAAACUUAUUGCAGGCUAUUCUGCAUUAUUCUUUAGUGUGUCCAUUUGAAAACAGAUGGAGGCAGCCUUGACAAGGACAGGGGUUGGGUGUAUCCACCGCUGCCCAAUGGCAUUGUGGUUGAGCAUAUUCCAAGACCACUUCCUUCUUCAUUCACCUGAAUAAGCCAACCAAGGAGAAAGUUUUCAAACAUGUAUAAGGUAAGUACCUCCACCCUUGUGGAUGGCAUGAGCUAGAAAUAAUCUAAAUUGAAAGCAGCAUGUUGAGAACAAGCAUAGAUGAUUCCGGAUUGAGAAAAGCUACAUUACUGUGCUACAAAAGAGUUACUGUGGAUGCAGUCCUAGGAUAAUAAUAGCUAAGUGUGAAUAAUAAAGUAAUUAUAAUAUAAUGAUAAUAAUAGCUAAGAGUGUGAAUAGAGAAGUUCUGGAUUCAAUGAGCAUCAGGUUCCUAAACACACUGAAUGGUAUUAAGCCAGCCCACCAUGUGUUAAAGGGCAAUAAUAAGAACAGCCUACUUUACUAGGUUGCUAUUGGCAAGAUAAUAGAUAUGUGUCAUUCCAUGUUUUGAUCUUUCAACAAGUGUAGAAGAUAUUAAGAAAGUUGGAUGACAUGAGGUAAAAAAGUUGGAUCACUUGAUAUGGAAUGACCCAUGUGAAGCAUUUUAAGAACUCCCUAUGAGGCAGUUUGGAAAUAAAGGUAAGGCUUUAUGGCUUUGUGAAAGAGCCGGAGUGACCCUUGGAUUUAAACACUACCCCCUCUUCCUCUGACAAGGCCAGAAGGUGACUCACAGUGGUUUGUUGUUAAAAUGAACCAGGAUAACUUGGUUAAUUUAAGCAUUAUGUUCAAACAAGGCGUAUCACUUGUCAAUCACAUCAGUCAUUUAAAUUUCCUUUUUAAUCGCAUUUAGCUAUGAAAAAGAAAUACAGUGGUACCUUGGGUUACAGACACUUCAGGUUACAGAUGCUUCAGGUUACAGACUCCGCUAACCCAGAAAUAGUUCCUCGGGUUAAGAACUUUGCUUCAGGAUGAGAACAGAAAUUGUGCGGCGGCAGCAGGAGGCCCCAUUAGCUAAAGUGGUACCUCAGGUUAAGAACAGUUUCAGGUUAAGAACGGACCUCCGGAACAAAUUAAGUUCUUAACCCGAGAUACCACUGUACCUCAAUUACUGGAGCUGAAAGAAGUACAAGAGUUUCAACAUAAAUUGGAAUCACAGAAACAAAUCUGUUUACAGGUCAGGAUAAUCAUAGACUUGCAAGAAAACUCAACUUUUUGACAUUCUUUUAAUAGCUCUGGGUAAUUAUUAUACAUUUUUUGCCAUCUGGUUCCUUAUUAUAUGUAUUUUGCCAUUUUUCUUGGGUACCAAAAGUUGUGAGCUGGCUCUGACUAUUGGAAAAGCACGUUCUUUACAGGGGUCCCCAUUUGCUUGAGAUCCAUGUUACAGCUCUUUAACAUUUUGGUUAACCCGGCUCUGUAGCCUAGUGAGAAUUCCAAUUUAUCCUUUUCAAAAUGAAAUUCUAGGAAUCAUAUGAUAUAGCAGAGAGUUUUCUGCAAUCUAAAGUUUUUGUAAUGCAAGUGGCCCAGGGAGAGUGGGGAAAAUAGUGAAAGUGAACAGCUGGCUUCGCAAAUGGUGUAAACAGGAACGGUUUGGAUUCUUAGAUCACGGACUGCAGUUUCUUGAAGAUGGACUUCUGGCAAGCGAUGGGCUGCACCUCACAAUGGUUGGGAGGAAUGUUUUUGCCAAAAAUCUCAGAAACCUCAUCAGGAGGGCUUUAAACUGACUAAUGUGGGGGAGGGAGACAGUGCUCCUGAAGGUAGGAGUCUUAUCAGUUGAUGAAGAUGAUCAUCCAAAUGUCAUAGACCAAAUGGAGCAAACAGCACACAGACCUAGUGGUGGGAGGAAAAAAUCCUUAAAUAAGACACACGGGGGAAUGAUUAAUGGACUUCAAUGUCUGUACACUAAUGCGCAAAGCAUGGGAAAUAAAGAAGAUGAGCUUGAGCUCUUGGUACAGCAAACUAAAUAUGACAUAAUAGGCAUCACUGAAACCUGGUGGGAUAAGUCCCACGAUUGGAAUGUAAUAAUGGAGGGAUACAAUCUAUUUCAGAGAAACAGACCAGACAAGAAAGGAGGAGGAGUGGCGUUAUAUGUCAGGGAUGUGUAUACCUGUGAAGAGAUCCAAGAUUUAGAACCUCAAAGCCAAAGUGAGAGCAUUUGGGUCAAAAUUAAGGGAGAGAAGAAUAACAGUGACCUCAUUGUGGGAGUUUACUAUAGAUCCCCAAGCCAAACGGAGGACAUAGAUGAUGCCUUCCUGGAACAGAUGGCCAAGCAUGCAAAAGGAAGGGAGAUAGUAGUAAUGGGGGACUUCAAUUACCCGGAUAUUUGUUGGAUGUCAAACUCGGCCAAGAGCAUAAGGUCAAACAGAUUCCUCACUGGCCUUGCAGACAACUUCAUUGUCCAGAAAGUGGGAGAAGCAACAAGAGGAACAGCCAUUUUAGAUCUGGUCCUAACCAAUGUUGAUGACCUGGUUAGUGGGGUAGAAGUGGAAGGAUCAUUAGGCGCGAGUGAUCAUGCUCUUCUGAAGUUUACUAUACAGCGGAAAGGAGCAGCCAAGCAUACUAGGACUCAAUUUCUUGACUUUAAGAAAGCCGACUUGAUAAAACUUAGGGAAGUGCUGGGUGAGAUCCCAUGGACAGUAAUACUAAAAGGAAAGGGAGUUCAUGAUGGCUGGGAGUUUGUUAAGCGGGAGAUUGUAAAAGCACAACUUCAGGCAAUACCAAUGAGACGGAAACAUGGAAGGUGCCUAAAGAAGCUGAACUUCUCAAUGCCUUCUUUGCCUCAGUCUUCUCCGAUAAAGAAAACAAUGCCCGACCUGAAGAAUUUGGAGCAAAUGAUUCAACAGAGGAAACACAGCCCAGAAUAACUAAGGAGAUAGUACAAGAAUACUUGGCUAGUCUAGAUGUAUUCAAGUCUCCAGGGCCAGAUGAACUGCAUCCAAGAGUAUUAAAAGAAUUGGCAGAUGUGAUCUCAGAACCACUGGCAGUCAUCUUUGAGAAUUCCUGGAGAACAGGCGAAGUCCCGGCAGACUGGAGGAGGGCAAAUGUUGUCCCUAUUUUCAAAAAGGGGAAAGAGAGGACCCAAAUAAUUACCGCCCAGUCAGUCUGACAUCAAUACCAGGGAAAAUUCUGGAGCAGAUCAUUAAGCAAACAGUCUGUGAGCACCUAGAAAGGAAUGCUGUGAUCACCAAUAGUCAGCAUGGAUUUCUGAAAAAUAAGUCAUGUCAGACUAACCUGAUCUCGUUUUUGACAGAAUUACAAGCCUGGUAGAUGAAGGGAACGCAGUGGAUGUAGCCUACCUUGAUUUCAGCAAGGCAUUUGACAAGGUGCCCCAUGAUAUUCUUGUAAAGAAGCUGGUAAAAUGCGGUCUUGACUAUGCUACCACUCAGUGGAUUUGUAACUGGCUGACUGACCGAACCCAAAGGGUGCUCAUCAAUGGUUCCUCUUCAUCCUGGAGAAGUGUGACUAGUGGGGUGCCACAGGGUUCUGUCUUGGGCCCGGUCUUAUUCAACAUCUUUAUCAACGACUUGGAUGAUGGACUCAAGGGCAUCCUGAUCAAAUUUGCAGAUGACACCAAACUGGGAGGGGUGGCUAACACCCCAGAGGACAGGAUCACACUUCAAAACGACCUUGACAGAUUAGAGAACUGGGCCAAAACAAACAAGAUGAAUUUUAACAGGGAGAAAUGUAAAGUAUUGCACUUGGGCAAAAAAAUGAGAGGCACAAAUACAAGAUGGGGGACACCUGGCUUGAGAGCAGUACAUGUGAAAAGGAUCUAGGAGUCUUGGUUGACCACAAACUUGACAUGAGCCAACAGUGUGACGCGGCAGCUAAAAAAGCCAAUGCAAUUCUGGGCCUCAUCAAUAGGAGUAUAGCAUCUAGAUCAAGGGAAGUAAUAGUGCCACUGUAUUCUGCUCUGGUCAGACCUCACCUGCAGUACUGUGUCCAGUUCUGGGCACCACAGUUCAGGAAGGACACUGACAAACUGGAACGUGUCCAGAGGAGGGCAACCAAAAUGGUCAAAGGCCUGGAAACGAUGCCUUAUGAGGAACGGCUAAGGGAGCUGGGCAUGUUUAGCCUGGAGAAGAGGAGGUUAAGGGGUGAUAUGAUAGCCAUGUUCAAAUAUAUAAAAGGAUGUCACAUAGAGGAGGGAUAAAGGUUGUUUUCUGCUGCUCCAGAGAAGCGGACACGGAGCAAUGGAUCCAAACUACAAGAAAGAAGAUUCCACCUAAACAUUAGGAAGAACUUCCUGACAGUAAGAGCUGUUCGACAGUGGAAUUUGCUGCCAGGGAGUGUGGUGGAGUCUCCUUCUUUGGAGGUCUUUAAGCAGAGGCUUGAUAACCAUAUGUCAGGAGUGCUCUGAUGGUGUUUCCUGCUUGGCAGGGGGUUGGACUCAAUGGCCCUUGUGGUCUCUUCCAACUCUAUGAUUCUAUGAUUCUAUGAUUCUAUUUUCUAUUGCUUAGUAUCUUAGUGAAUUAAUUUUUAUGUGGCUUUAGCUAAAUCCAGGAAGCCUGAGAGUUGUUUUUUGUUUGUUUGUUUUGUUUUGUUUUUGCCAUUUACUCACAGAAUGUUAUUCACAAAAGGCAUUUAAGUACAGUGGGGCAAAACUAUAUCAACUUCUCUGCAGUGAGACAGCUACAUUCGUAUGUUACUGCUUAAUUAACCAAAGUGUUUAUCCGUUUAACGCUGUUCAUGCCAGUUAAGUUCAGUGAUGCAAAUUAAUUCACUUUCUCUCUUUCUAAAUGUCUUUUUGUGUCUUCUCAUUUCUUCUCUUUCUUUCCCUCUUCCUGGGAAGGCUUCACUAGUUAAUCAUUUAAUGGCUGUUAUAGUUUCUCUUUUUUAAAAAACAACAACACAAUUUUAUUAUAGGUUUUUAUCCUAAUAUGCCAUAAAAUGCAAACUAAACUAAAGAGAAUUAAAAAAAAAACCAAACAGAAAAAUACUAAAGAAAAAAGAAAGUAAAAUACAUUAAUAAUAAUCCUCAUGUGAUCCUCAUAAAACACAAAAUUAUAAAUAUAUCCAUGUAACACUCAGUCUCCAUUUUAUCUUAACCUUCACACAUUCAGAGAGUUGAAUCCUCCCACCUCCCACCUGGGAGAGCUUCCACUUCCCCAGUCUCCCACUCUGAGAAAAACCACUCUGACCCAGUGGCAUAACAUGGUCAGGUGGUACCCAGUGCGGAAAAUUUCUUGUCACCCCCCCACAUUGAAUCCCCCCCCCCCCGCAAAAAUGGUUUGACUUUAUUUCAUAUUCUCUUACAAAGGAAUGUGGAUUCUGGGCCUCUGAUAACAAGUAGGCGACUGUGGACAGAUACUUAAAUUUAUAGGAUGGCUUGUGUUUUGGCUUGUGUUAUUUUAUUUAUAUUUGUUGUUUAUUUUUUAAAUAAAAUUUAUUUUAAAAAACAACUUACAAAGUGGUUUAUGGGGCCUCCUGCUGCCGCCGUGCCGCCGGAGCACAAUUUCUGUUCUCAUGCUGAAGCAAAGUUCUUAACCUGAAGCACUAUUUCUGGGUUAGCGGAGUCUGUAACCUGAAGCGUAUGUAACCUGAGGUACCACUGUACUUCAACUUACAAAGCAUCUGGGUAAGCUUGCUUAAACAAGAAUGCUUUUAGCAGGUGCCUGAAAAGAGUAUAGCAAAGGUGGCACGUGCUUUGUUGCAAUGGGCUUUAUUGCAAUGCAGUACAGAUGUUAUGCAGAACCUGUAGUAGUGCUUGAAACUACUGACGGGGAGGUUUUAUUUAUUGUGAUUUCACCAUGCUCUGUAUUAUCUGAAAAGGAAAACAUUUAUUUUAAAAGCAGGACUGCACAGCAGCAAUCUAGUCUCAUCAUGAUCAGUGGGACUUAUUCCCGAGCCGACAGUGCAUAAGAUGGGCUGCAAUCCUAUGCACCCCUUGCAUCCAACUUGUACCUAAAACUCUGCACAAGCCUGUACCACAGAAUUGUAGAGUUGGAAGGGACCCCUGAAGGUCAUCCAGCCAAACCCCUGGGACAAUGCAGGAAUUUCAACUAGACCAUCCCUGACCGAUGGCCAUCCAGCCUCUGUUUAAGACCUCCAAGGAAGGAGAGGCCACCUCCUCCCGAGGGAGUUCUGUACACUGUCAAACAGCUCUGCCUGCCAGAAAGCUCUUCCUGGUGUUUUGACAGCUCAGGGGAGGCUUGGGAGUCACGGGCAGGCAACGCACCAUUGUCCUGCGCUCCCUGGCUGCUUUGGGGGGGGGGACCUCCCAAGCCUCCCCCGAGCUGUCCAAACGAAGGAGGAAGGGAGGAAGGCCGGCUGCAAAGCAGCACAGCUCCCCACCCCCUGCCAGGAAGCAGCCCGGGAGCUGCCAUUUUGUCACCCCCCUCAGUAAUGACACCCAGGGCGGACCGCACCCCCCACACCCCCUCCCUGCACCACUGCUCUGACCUGCCUCUCAUACAGCCCCUUCCUCUUCUCUCUGUGAGAUCCCUGUACGUAUCUUCAUUUAUCACAAAUAGAGUUUUUUAGAUGUUAAGACAGAUUUGAAAAAGUGAAAAUCCGGACACAAAUAUAGUUGAACUUUUUCUUUUUCUUUUCUUUUGCCCAAAGUUGUAGUGCUUUUAAAUGAAAUUCACCAAAAUCUACACUACCAGCAUGGGCUGCCAUUUGUUUGGAUUCUCCUUGCCAUUUCACUGAUUUUUGCCUGGGCAGUGUUCAUGAGAGCUGAAUACUGGAUAUGUCUGGGAAAUUCAGGAUGUAUGGAAACCCUGAGACAUACAUCUAGUUAAGACCACUAGAGAGUCUCCAAAAAUCAAAUAUCACACAGAGUAAUUCUAGCUAUAAAUAAUAUAGUUAUUGUGUUGUUGUUUCUUCAUUCUGCAUGAUUGUAUUUCCCCAGGCCUCCAAUCAUCAAACUUUGCUACUCAAGAGGUCCUCAAACCUCUUUUAUAAUUUUUUACUUCUCAUGUCUUAAGGUAGUAUUUCUCUGGCUCCUUGUGAUGCGUUUUUCUUUAGGGGUUACAUCAAAUCUCAGCAACAUAUUAGUCCGUUGUUAUUUGCCUGUAGAACCUUAUAUUCCAUCCACAUAGUCUCUUUUCCAUCCUCUUCCAAUCCUUCCACAACUCAAACUCCACCAGAUGAGUGGCUUUUCUGUUUGCACAUCUUCACCGCUCUCAUUAGACAACCCAUCAAAGCAACAUUAAGCAUAUGAAAGCAAAUACUGAAUUAUCACCAGCAUUAUAUAGCUUUCCAUGUUCAUCACCAGUUUCUUCAUCACUGCUAUUUCUUCAUUUUUUUGCAAUUCAGGGCAGUGGCGGAGCUAGGGGCUUUGGCACCCGGAUUGGGGGGCGUGGCACAUCACCCGCACAAGCGACCCAAUGAGCGUCCAGGGAAUUGUGGAUGGCUGCAGCAGCUCCCUGUUGAGCAGCAACGAGAGGAACUUUUGCAGGGCUUACGAUGCAAGUGA